GAGAGCUAGGAUUACAGGCGUGAGCCACCGCGCCCGGCCAAUCAUACCUAUUUUAUUCAGAGAUUUUGCUUAUUGCAACUAGUUUUGCUCUGUCCACAGCUGUUCUGCGUAAUGUUAUGUAAUGUUUUGUUGAAUCCUUAACACUUUUCUUCCACCUUCCCUACUUGUAGUUUGUGCUUUCUACUGUUUGAAGUUCUUGUAUGGAUUUGAUUUACUACAUUCUAGGACCUCAUUGCAAGUGGUUCUAUUCCCCAGUUUGAUGAUGUUCACAGAAGCAGGGCACACUUAAUCACUGAGAUCCAGCAUUUCAGCAGUUUGUAGAGGAAAGUGAUAUGAAGGGACAGCUGCAAGUAACCCACAACCUACAUUUGAGGAGAUCAAGCACUUACUUCACUUGGAGGAAAGAGAGAAGGAAGGAAGCCGAGGGCUUAGCAGGUCUCCAGGUAUCAUUGGACAGGCCAUGGCUCCACGGUCCCGGCGACGAAGGCACAAGAAACUCCCUUCAUCUGUGGCCCCCGUGCUUGUGACCCCACCCACAGUUGUGACCCCUGUUCCUCUGACUCCCUCAAAACCUGGCCCUAGCAUUGAUGCACUUGGCUUCUUAUCCUUGGAGAAUAAUGUUCCUGGCCUAUCCCAGUUGAUCCUUCAAAAGCUGAACAUGAAAAGUUAUGAAGAAUACAAGCUGGUGGUAGAUGGGGGUAUCCCUGUAUCAGGCUUUGGAUUUCGAUGUCCUCAAGAAAUGUUCCAGAGGAUGGAGGACACAUUCAGAUUCUGUGCUCACUGUAAAGCACUCCCUAGUGGCUUUUCAGACUCCAAGGUCCUCCGGCACUGCAAAAGGUGCAGAAAUGUCUAUUACUGUGGUCCAGAGUGCCAGAAGUCAGACUGGCCAGCACACAGGAGGGUUUGUCAAGAGCUUCGUCUUGUGGCUGUGGACCGUCUCAUGGAAUGGCUUCUGGUCACAGGCGAUUUUGUCCUACCCUCAGGACCUUGGCCAUGGCCAGCUGAAGUUGUACAAGACUGGGACACUUGGUUUUCUAUGAAAGGGUCACAGCUAGAUGCUACACUGGAUACUGUACUAGGUAGUCAUGCCAUGACCACCCUAUGGGCCAGUGUAGGACGGCCAAGGCCAGACCCAGAUAUCCUGCAGGGAUCAUUGAAGCGGCUACUGACAGAUGCCCUGUCAAGGCCCUUGACAGUGGGCCUAGGGCUUAGGGCCUUGGGGAUAGAUGUUAGGAAGACUGGGGGAAGCACAGUACAUUUGAUUGGUGCUUCCCAUGUGGAGACAUUUCUUGCUCGCCCUGGGGACUAUGAUGAGCUUGGCUACAUGUUUCCUGGACACCUUGGACUCCGUGUGAUUAUGGUCGGUGUAGAUGUGGCUAUUGGCUUUUCUCACAGCACCUCAACUUCACCCCUGGAACCUGGCACAAUUCAGCUUAGUGGCUACAGGGACCUCUAUCAUGACUUCUGGGAGGAGCAGGUAGAGACGGGGCAGAUAGCCCGUCCAGAUUUGGCAGUGGCAUUCCAUCCAGGUUUCCAUUCCUCCCCAGACUUGAUGGAAGCUUGGCUGCCCACCUUGUUGCUUCUUCGUGACUACAAGAUCCCUACAUUGAUUACUGUUUACAGCCAUCAGGAAUUGGCAUCCUCUUUGCAGAUUCUGGUGGAACUGGAUACACAUAUCACUGCCUAUGGGGCUAAUCCUUUCACGUCCCUCAAACCUGAACAGGUCUAUUCCAACCCCAACAAGCAGCCAGUAUACUGCAGUGCCUACUAUAUCAUGUUUCUUGGAAGGUCCUGCCAGCUGGAUAAAAGGCAAUUGGAUGAGAAAGUAGAUGGUGGAGUUUAAAUAGAUCCUGACUGGAUAUUUGGAAAAUGAAGAGGUUGUGAUGAAAUUACCCUGUUAAUGCCAGGUUGUUGCCAGCUUUGAAAACCACUAUAUCUAAACCUCAUUCACUAUCUGGGUAAAGAUUCUCAGCAGAAUGAGAGUUCCUGUAUUAUGUGACUUAUUUCUAAGAGUUUAGCCACAGUAGCUUUUGGAGAUAGGAUUCUAGAUUUAGUGGUUGGCAAGAGGCCCUGAUGUUGGUCUUUCCAGAGUAUAGAGUUCCUUACAGUUUCCUUUGCGAGGAAGUCAUACCUUUUGACUGGAACCAGAUAGCACUGAGGAGAAAACCGCCUUGUUCCAUCUGAAAAAGACUUUCUUCUCAUUGAGCAAUUUGGGCUAAAAAAAUGGGGAGGUGUUGAUGAUUUGAACUGGUACAAGAAUGGACAAAUCAGGGAAGUCAGGGACAUGGAGGAGGUUGUAAGAUUUGGCACACUGUCCUAUUUUAUGGCUUUUUUGAGAGAAAUGUCUCAUUUUCCUAUUUUUUUCUUGGAGACUUCUGACCCUAGAGUAGCCCUGUAUAUCAGACAUUACCUGAAUAUAUUUGAGGUAUUUGUUAUCCUGUGUUCUAUACCACAAUAAACUUGGUUUGGGGCUUCUUAAGUCA